AUGAUCGAAGCACCGUGGAUUGAAACUCAAGUUAUUACCUCUUCAGAGCCUGCGUCAAUUAAAGAUAUCAAUAACGACAUUGAGCGUGAAUUAGCCUUUUAUAAACAAGCACUUGAAGGUGCAAUCGAGGGACGCAAAAAUGUUAUUACAUCUGGAGUACCAUUUUCAAGGCCGGAUGAUUAUUUUGCUGAAAUGAUUAAAUCAGAUGUACAUAUGACUAGAAUACGACAAAAAUUAGUAAAUGAAGAACAAAGUAUUAAGGCGAGUGAAGAAGCAAGGCGUCUGAGAGAAUUAAAGAAAUUUGGUAAAAAAGUUCAAGUUGAAAAAAUUCAAGAACGACAGAAAAAGAAGAAAGAAGAUUUGGAAAAAAUUAAAGUCAUGAAAAAAAAGCGGAAGGGCAUCGAAGAUACUGCCCUAGAUGACGAUUUUGAAAUUGCAUUAGAGCAGGCUGCAGCUGAUGACAGAUCGAGGAAAAGACAAAACACUGGGAAAAACGGCAAACGUGUUAGCAAGGAUACAAGAUAUGGGUUUGGUGGGAAAAAACGCCAUGCUAAAUCAAAUACGGCUGAUUCUUCCGGGGAUUUAUCUCAAUUUGAUUCAACGAACGGUAAAAGUGGUUGGAAGGCAUCAAUGGCGAAUAAAAAAAGAAAAUUUACGAAAAAAAGACCAGGAAAAGCUAAGCGUAAAUCGGCAAGAAAUAAGAAGUGA